AUGGUUCUCGACAGACUACAGCAAUUGACCCAUCAGGUCAGUGCAACUGCACCACCACCUCAUCCGCUGGAUCCUCUCUCUACUUCAGAGAUUGAUAGUGCUGUGAGCAUCAUUCGCAAAGAGCAUGGGUCACUCAACUUCAAUGCUGUCACACUGUAUGAGCCUCGCAAGGCUCAGAUGAUGGCCUGGGUGGCGGACCCUGAGCAUGCCCCGCGCCCUGUUCGAGCUGCCGAUGUGGUAGCCAUCUCAGCAGAUGGCAAAGUUUACGACGGUGUGGUGGAUCUGGAUCAAAAGAAGAUCACUCAGUGGCAACACACGCCGAAUGUCCAGCCUCUGAUUACCAUGGAGGACCUGCAGGAGGUUGAACAUGUUGUUCGCAAAGAUCCCAAGGUCAUCGAGCAGUGCGGGAUUAUUGGAAUCCCAAAGGAAGACAUGUACAAGGUCUACUGUGACCCAUGGACCAUUGGAUAUGACGAGCGCUUUGGAACUGGGGUUCGCCUCCAGCAAGCUCUCAUGUACUACCGCCCUCACCCUGAUGACUCUCAAUAUACGUAUCCCUUGGACUUCUGUCCCAUCUUCAAUGCCGAGACCAAGCAGAUCAUUCACAUUGACGUCCCACCUGUGAGAAGACCACUCAGCAAGGCCGCACCAAACAACUACCACCCUGCCGCAAUUGAGCAAGAAGGUGGUUUCCGCACAGAUAUCAAGCCUAUUCACAUCACGCAGCCCGAAGGUGUCUCUUUCGAAGUCAAGGGUAGAACGAUCGAGUGGCAGAAUUGGAACGUUCACGUGGGCUUCAACUAUAAGGAAGGAAUAGUCCUCAAUAACAUCACAUUCAACGACAAAGGUAACGUCCGACCUGUCUUCUGGCGUUUGUCAUUGGCAGAGAUGGUCGUUCCGUACGGCAAUCCCGAACACCCUCACCAGCGCAAGCACGCAUUCGACCUGGGCGAGUACGGCGGUGGAUACAUGACCAACAGUCUCGCACUGGGAUGUGACUGCAAGGGUGCAAUUCACUACAUGGACGCAGCCUUCGUCAACCGAGCUGGUGCAAGCACUAUCAUCAAGAACGCAAUCUGCAUCCACGAAGAAGACGCCGGAAUUCUGUUCAAGCACACCGAUUUCCGUGACGAGUCAACGGUCGUCACUCGUGGCCGCAAACUCAUCAUCUCGCACAUCUUCACUGCAGCAAACUACGAGUACUGCGUCUACUGGAUCUUCCACCAGGAUGGUACCGUUCAACUCGAGAUCAAGUUGACUGGUAUCCUCAACACAUACUCCCUCAACCCAGGCGAGGACACCAAGGGCUGGGGCACAGAGGUCUACCCCGGUGUCAACGCACACAACCACCAACACCUCUUCUGUUUGCGCGUUGAUCCCAACAUCGACGGACCAAACAACACCAUCUUCCAGGUCGAUGCUGUUCAGGGACCCGGCGAGGUCGGUAGUCCCGAGAACAAAUACGGUAAUGCCUUCUAUGCAAAGAAGACCAAGUUCUCGACCCCCCUCGAAGCUAUGUCCGACUACGAUGGAUCCACCAGCCGAACAUGGGAAAUGGCAAACACCAACAAGCUCAACCCAUACAGCAAGAAGCCCGUAUGCUACAAGCUCGUCAGUCGCGAAGUACCCCCUCUCCUCCCCAAGGCAGGCGGAUUAGUCUGGAACCGAGCUGGAUUCGCUCGCCACGCCGUUCACGUCACGAACUAUGACGACGAUCAAAUCCACCCCGCUGGCCGCCACGUCCCUCAAACAUCCGGCGAGCCUUCUGCCGGUCUUCCAGCGUGGAUCGAAGCCGCAGGCCCCAAUGCCUCAAUUGAUAACACUGAUGUUGUUCUGUGGCACACUUUCGGUCUUACUCACUUCCCUGCUCCGGAAGAUUACCCAAUCAUGCCAGCUGAGCCGAUGACGCUACUUCUUCGUCCUCGUCAUUUCUUCACUCGCAAUCCUGUGCUGGAUGUUCCUCCUAGCUUUGCUCGUACGCCGACGCAGGUGGCGGCUGGGUCGGGAUCUUGUGGGUGCAAGAAGAAUGAUGGAUCUAGUGUUCUGGUUUAG